AUGAACAACGCGGAGCACAGGAGAGCAAAAUUCAAGAAGCCUAACCCAGAAUUAAAGAUGAAUAAAAGAGUGGAGAUUCGAAGCGUUUGGCAACAAAAUUUAGAAUACGAGUUUGCUCGCGUUGAGGCCGCAAUUGCUGACUACCCUUUUGUCUCCUUCGACACUGAAUUCCCAGGCACCAUACUUGAAUGCAAGGCUCGGGAUCCCCCUGCAUACCAAUACCAAAUCAUGAAGGGCAAUGUGGACGCCAUGAACAUCAUUCAGCUGGGCCUAACACUCUCAGACCACUACGGGAACUUGCCCAAUUUCGGCACAGAUUGCUGCUACAUAUGGGAAUUCAACUUCAGGGACUUUGACAUUGAGCGUGGCGACCUUCACACCGCAGACGCAAUCGAGUUUCUUAAGCGGCAUGGGAUCGAUUUCUUGCAGAACAAGGAAAAGGGUAUUUGCUCUUCCAACUUCGCGGGGCUGAUGGAAAGGAUGGUGCUCUGCAAUAAGUCCCGUUUAACAUGGGUGACUUUCCAUGGUUCGUACGAUUUCGGGUACCUGAUGAAGAUUCUAACUCGGAAGGACUUGCCGAUGGACAUUGGUGGUUUCAUGGAGGAGGUGGAGAAAAAGUUUGGGAAAAGAGUUUACGACAUCAAGCACUUGAUCAAGAGUUUUCAAGGGCUUCAUGGAGGUUUAGAGAAAGUGGCUCAUUCGCUUCAGGUUGGUCGUGUGGCUGGGAAGAGUCACCAGGCUGGUUCUGAUAGUCUAUUGACUUUGCAGACGUUUAUGAGGCUCAAGGAUGUGCAUUUCGGAAGUUUUUUAAAGAAUAAAGACUACUGUAGCCUAAGUUUAAAUGAGUUUCGAGGGGUUUUGCAUGGUUUAGAACUUGAGGCUCAUUGA